UUCACCUGGAAGAAAACUAUGUUUUAUAGAAAAUCCAGUCACAUUGGCUUCAUUGGACUCGGCAAUAUGGGUGGAUACAUGGCAGGUAAUCUAUUAAAGUCCGGACAUAAGUUACAUGUCUAUGAUAUAUCCAGAAAAGCCUGCGAUGUUCUUGAAGCCAAGGGAGCUACAGUUUACACAAGAACUACAGAUCUUGCCAAGAAUUCCAAGAUUGUUAUCACCAUGCUGCCAAAUAAUUCUGUUGUGAAUGCUUCCUAUGAUGAAAUGAUUUCAGAAGGUGUUAAAAAAGGAACAGUUUUUCUCGACUGCUCCACCAUUUCAUCGGAAUUAGCUAAGUCUUUGCAAAAGAGAAUCAGCUUGAAGGGAGGUACAUUUUUAGAUGCUCCAGUUUCUGGCGGAGUUCCUGGAGCUGCAGAAGCCACUCUGACUUUUAUGGUAGGAGGACGUGAAAAUGAUUUCAAGGCCGUGAAAGAUAUCCUUCAAUGUAUGGGAAAACGAAUUAUCCACUGUGGAUCCCAUGGAAUGGGUCAGGCUGCCAAACUGUGCAAUAAUAUGAUGCUGGCAAUAUCUAUGCUAGCGGUUUCAGAGACCAUGAAUCUUGCAGUCGGCCAGGGAUUGGAUGCCAGGAUCUUUGCAGAGAUUCUUAACUCCUCAACUGGAUGCUGCUGGACUUCAGAAUCCUACAAUCCAGUUCCCGGAAUUACAGCCCUCACUAAAGCCAACAACGUUCCCAUAUCUUUAAUCAACAAGGAUCUUGAAUUGGUUGUCAAUGCAGCCAGCUCCUCGGAAUCCCCAAUCGCCAUGGGUUUAUUGACCCACAAAAUCUACAGCUCUUUAAUUACUCAGGGUCUUGGCGACUUGGAUUUUUCAGAUGUCUACAGCUUGAUGGAAUCGAAUAACUUUAAAUAUUAG